CCAAAACCGUGGAAGAGGAAGAAGAAGAAGAUGGCUCACCACGACAGGCACUCUCACUCCUCCGCUCCUUCCGACGAAGCUAAUCUGUCCAAACAAACACAAAAGGCAUGAGUGAAUUGGCGCCAAGUCAUUUCACCAAUUGUCUUUUUCAUCCGUUGGUACCAAGCAAUGGCAUCACUAGUGAAGUGGAUAGCAGCGAGUCCUAUCACUUGAUCAUCCAAAAUGUUUCUUGACGUAUUGCAGGAGGCACCUUUAUCUGGUCAUCGACGGCCUACGAGCAUUCUCGGGAGUGUUUUGUAUUGUAUUCUAUUGGCAAGUUAUGCUAUUAUGGCUGCAGCAGCUCCAUGGAUAUUUUUCUCGAUUCACAGAUUAGUUCCGUCAUUGCUUUGCAGUUGCAAUGCCAUUCUUUUGCUAAUAACAGGUGUUUUUCAGCAAUAUCUGUCUUACCAAGUCAGAAAAGUGCGCUUGCAGGGAUAUUACAUGUUCAGCCAGAAAUUAAAGCACGUUGUCCGCAUUCCUUUUUCCACUACUGCAUAUGGAACGGCUCUAAUGCUACUUGUCAUGGUUUGGCAGCCACACAUCAAUAUCCUUUCUGUCUCAACAUUACUAAGGAUAAUUAUGUUUGUUGAAGUCAUAUGUGCUGGAUCUUUUAUGAGCAUAUACAUUGGGUGUGUCCAUCAGUAUAAUUCAUUGGAUCGUCAGCCUGAUGUUUUGAAGUCCUUGUAUUCUGCACUACAACCAUCAAGUUCUUUGGAAGAGUUGAGGUAUCAUGAUGGGGGCCGUCUUUCUGAUCAGCAAAUGGCCUUGUUGCAAUAUCAGCGGGAAAACCUUCACUAUUUGAACGAGGAGAUUCUUCGGUUACAAGAAUGCUUGAGCAAAUAUGAACGGUCCGAUGAUGGAAGCACACCUCAGGUCGAUCUUGCCCAUCUGUUAGCAGCUCGUGAUCAAGAACUGCGGGCAUUAUCUGCUGAGAUGAAUCAAAUGCAAUCAGAGCUACGCCUUGCCCGCAAUUUGAUUGCAGAGCGAGACUCUGAGGUUCAGAGCAUCCGCAUAACCAAUAAUCAGUAUGUUGAAGAGAAUGAAAGACUAAGAGCUAUACUGGGCGAAUGGAGUGCUCGAGCAGCAAAGCUCGAACGUGCAUUGGAGGCCGAGCGGCUAUUAAACAUGGAAUUACAGAAGAAGAUAUCAAAGCUAAGAAACCAUCCGACAGAAUCAUCCGAACAGCAUGGAGAUUGAUCUCCUGUCGGGUUUGAAUACUGUACAUGUGUAUAGCUCCCCUUUCUUUCUUUGGGUUGAAAAAGGCUAGUGCACCUUACUGGUUGUGGAUUGAAUUCUCUAUUGUAUAAAGCACUCGAUGUCAGUGUUGAUGUUGUACUAGGGGUGGGCCUGUGGAACAACGGCUAGGAUUCAAGGGUUGAGACUCUGAUCCAGACUUCUGUACAAAGCCAAAAACAAAAAAACAAAACAAAAGAAAAAGAAUAUCUGAAAUGCGUUA